UCGCCGGAUUUCAACCUCUUACAGAUAGAGAAAUUUCCGCAUUUCGAAACGAAUUUUUUCGAAGACCCUAGUUUAACAUUGGAUCAUAAUCUUGCUUUUCAAACCUCUGAAGAUUCGGUUACUCUUUGGGAAUAA